UCAACCGUCAAAACGCAGCAUUUUACCACUCUGUUCACUUCUUCAAGGGUUCUAAGAAACCCCAGCCUAAACCAAAGGCAGCUUCAUUCAGCAGAGUGUUUGGGUCGGCAGAAAAGCCCCAAAUGUGGAAGAUGAAUCCCGUCGCAAACGCAAACAGGUGGAACCGCCUUCUCCAAACUGCAAAGCCAAGUCAAGGCCUGCCUUUGCUCAUUCGAUCUUUCUCCACUGAAGCAGAAGCACCUCAGGUCUCUUCUUCCGAUCCAUUUCUCCAACCCCCAUCCACAGGUUUGGUCUAUGGGAGAUUGUCUGGGAUUACAAAACACACAUUGAGGACUGAUAUUCUCAACUUGCUUGAAGGAUGUAAUUUGACUCUCCAGGACGUUAAAGUUGACUACAAUCGCAGCUAUUUUCCAGUUGGAAUGAUGGUGCAAUUCCCUUCUCGGUAUGCCUUUGAUCAUGCAAUUAAGGUGAUUAAUAAGAAGGGUCGCUUGUACAAAUUGGACAGGGCUGAUCGUUCCCAGUGGGAUCCUCUUAGAACCUACGAUGGUAAAACUGUACUACUACAAGGACUUCCUCGUAAUGCACUUCCAGAAGAUGUAGAACGCUUCUUGGCUGGUUGUGAAUUUAAUUCAUCUAACAUCCAAUUAACCACCAGGCAGGCAUUCCCAGACCCCAUUCGGAUGGCACUAGUACACUUUCCUUCACAGUCCCAGGCAAUGAAUGCUUUUAUUACGAAGAACAGAGGUUUCUGUCUCAAUAAUCAAAUCUUGGUUCGAGUUCUUCAUUAACAUUUUUUUUAAAUCUCCCCCAGUAACCUUCUUUGAGCAAUGCUUGGUUAUAUAAAAAGGGGUUGGGAAGGAAAGACUACUUAAAAGUCCCCUGAUUCUGUACCUCAACACAGCAUCUUUGGAACCCUUCUGUAAGAGGCAUUUAGGAAUCCAAUGUUAUAGUUUUAAAGCAUGUGACUUUUUUUUUUUUUUUGGUUUAAUUUUUAAGCAUUGAAAGAUAAAGAUCUUUACUCUCAACCCUAUAAUGUCGAAAAACUGAUUGCUAAAUGCAAAUUGUUUUAAAAUGUAGAAGACCUACCUAUGGAA